AUGGCUCCUUCAGCAGUGCCGACCGCUGCGAAUCAAGAACUUGUGAAUGAAAGCUUUGAUGGGCAUGGCAAUGGACAUACGAAUGGAACCAACGGUCAAACCAAAGACAGCGCAUCUGACUUCUCAUACCCUCCCUCUAUUCAGCCUGAUGCCCCUUAUCGAGUUCUGAAGCAGUACCACUCAAAGCCUACAAAGCUACGAGUGGCAUGCAUCGGAGCUGCCGUCUCAGGCAUGUGCCUGGCUUACAAGAUGGAGAAGCAGAUGGUGCCUGGCUCCUGGGAGUUGACACUAUACCCUGGUGUCGCCUGUGACAUACCGUCCCACCUCUACACGUUCUCAUGGGACCCCAAGCCCGAUUGGACCGAGUACUACGCCAGCGGGAAAGAGAUCCUCGAGUAUCUAGAGGAUUUUGCCGAUAGACAUGGCUCUAGGAAGUACAUGAAACUCAACACCAAAGUCGUCGAAGGUCGUUGGGAUGAAGAGAAGGGGCUGUGGUGCCUGACGCUCGAGGAUCAGAUCACCAAGGGGACGUGGCAGGACUGGUGCCACGUGCUGGUCAACGGCAGUGGUAUCUUGAACAACUGGAAAUGGCCAGACAUUGAGGGCCUGCAUGACUUUGCUGGGCCCAAGAUGCACUCUGCCAACUGGGAUCACUCGGUCGACUUCAAGAACAAGAACGUCGGAGUAAUAGGGACUGGAAGCACAUCGGUCCAAAUCGUUCCUGCGCUUCAGAAGAUUUGCGACAAGGUCCAGGUGUUCAUGCGCUCGUCCACUUGGAUCUCGCCCCCAUUCGGCGGCGGUGUUUUGGAAUCGGAGCUGCGCAAGGACGGUGAUCCAGGACACAGGCAGUACAAGUUCACCGAAGAAGACAUCAAGAGGUUUCGAGAAGAUCCGGAAUACCACUUGAUGUUCCGAAAGCGCAUCGAGGCCGAGAUCAACUCAUUGUUUGGCAUGUACCAGCAAGGCUCGGAAAUGUCGGACCUGAUGAGAACCGUCAUAACCGAUGAGAUGAACCGGCGCAUUGGCGAUGGGCCUGGGAGCGAGGAGUUGAAGAAGUUCAUCAUUCCUGACUGGGCACCUGGUUGCCGGCGAAUCUCACCCGGCGACGGGUACCUCGAGGCCCUGGUCCGACCCAACGUCAAGCCCGUCUUUGGUAGAAUCAGGAAGGUGGUCCCGGAAGGAAUUGUCACAGAAGACGGCGAGACGCACAAGAUGGACGUGCUCGUGUGUGCGACUGGCUUCAAGGUUGCCUUCCGACCCGCAUUCAAGCUGAUCAACGGAAGCGGGCAAACACUUGACGAAGAUUGGGGCGACAGCGUCAACCUUUACUUUGGCGUAUCUGCGCCGCGGUUUCCCAAUUACUACACCAUCGUGGGCCCCGGUGCAACAUGGUCAUCAGGCACUCUCCUGCCGUCCAUCGAGACAACCGUCGAGUAUUCAAUCAAGAUGAUGAAGAAGAUACAGCAUGACAACAUCCGGUCAAUCGAUGUAAAGCAGGAGGCUGUAGACGACAUUUAUGGCCACUUUGACGAGUUCCACUCCAACACGGUCUUCCAAGAAGGGUGCCGAAGCUGGUUCAAGGACGGCAAGAAGAAGAACCGCAUUUACCUGUGGCCUGGCUGUACCAUCCACUUCCUCAAGACAAUCAAGGACCCUCGGUUCGAAGAUUACAACAUCCGAUACCGGUACGGAAACCGGUUCGCCUUCCUUGGCAACGGCGAAGUGAAGGCGAACACAACCAAGGACGUGAAGGGAUUGAGCACAUAUGUGCGAGACGCCGAUGACGAUUGGACGGUUGAGUGA